AUGACGCAACCAUCUACUAUUACCUCGCGUUUCCUCACACAACCUGACCAACUAGGCGUGGUUGCGGUCGGAUUCAAUGGCGGCCAGAUGAAAAAGGGUGUUGAGGCCGCUCCAAUGGCCUUGAUCGAAGCUGGACUCCUCACCCAGCUCCGCGAGGACCUCGAAUAUACCAUUCACCACGAUAACAUCGUCCACUACUACGAAAAAGACAUCCCAGCAGAAGACCCUGAUCACCGGAACAUGAAGAAGCCCCGAGCCGUCAGCGCCGUCACUGAGCGUCUGAGCACUCAAGUCUACAACUACGCUAAGGAUGGCAAGUUCGUGCUCACCUUGGGCGGCGACCACUCCAUUGCGAUUGGCACCAUCUCCGGCACUUCGAAGGCUAUUCGGGAGCGACUGGGUCGUGAAAUUGGCGUGAUCUGGGUCGAUGCCCAUGCCGACAUCAACAUUCCCGAAAUGAGCCCCAGCGGCAACAUUCACGGCAUGCCCAUGGCGUUCUUGACCCGACUGGCUCGGGAGGACAGACGCGACAUUUUUGGCUGGUUGCAGGAUGAGCAUAUUGUGAGCACCCGCAAGUUGGUUUAUAUUGGCUUGCGUGAUGUGGACCGUGGGGAGAAAAAGCUCCUUCGGGAACACGGGAUCAAGGCUUUCAGUAUGCACGAUAUUGAUCGUCAUGGAAUUGGCCGGGUUGUUGAGAUGGCACUGGCUCAUAUUGGCAACGAUACCCCCAUCCAUCUGUCCUUUGACGUUGAUGCAUUGGAUCCCCAGUGGGCGCCUAGCACCGGCACCCCUGUUCGUGGUGGUCUAACUUUGCGUGAAGGUGACUUCAUUUGCGAAGCUGUACACGAGACUGGCAAUCUUAUAGCCAUGGAUCUGGUCGAGGUGAACCCCAGUCUGGAGUCAGUUGGAGCGGCGGAGACUAUCCGCGCGGGAUGCUCGCUGGUCCGGAGUGCUUUGGGCGAUACACUACUAUGA